UAAACGGAACCCGGACGUUGUCUGUCUCGUUCUCUACGCGAGGACACGAUCAUGAAAGAAUCACAUCCUCACACACACACUAGAUCCAAUCAACGCGUGGGACUGGCUAGUGCUAGCGCCAGUUUUCCGACCGUCUCGACGCGAAUGUAUCACUAUCAUAUAAACUUGCACGUGAUGCAGACGUCUCAGUGUUAGUCGCGACAUCAUAUUACGAUUAGGUACUGAUCAUCUUCGUUGCCGAAAUCAAGUGGCAUUCGAGUGCGUAACGCUUAAUCAUCGAAAAGAUCACUUUUCUAUUGGCAAUCCUCAAUCACUUUCGGAAAACGUGUGCGAACUGGUUUUUCUUAGUUGCUACAUUUUAUCCGUUGAUGUAGACGAUUAGCCGUGACCUAUGUUGACUUAGUGAACAAAAACUGUCAGAAAUAAGGACUCUGAAUUGAAAAUGUAAAUAGCUGUCGUACAUUUAGUGAAGGUGUUAACAGACUGAAUAUUAAAUGACGAUGAGUUCAUAUCAAUUUGUGAAUUCAUUAGCCCAAUGUUAUGGGCAACAAGCCCGAUCGGCGACUGCGACUUCGGAUCAGGGAGCUCAUCAGAACUCCAGCCCAGGUGCAGACUAUUAUAAUCCGAACGCGGCCACUGCGGCCAAUUAUCCCCCCGCGUGCUAUUCGCCGCCGCAGGUAGGCCCGCAAUAUGGCCAACAUCCGUAUGCAACACCUGCCCCGGGACAUGGUCUGCAACCUCCGAUGGGCGAUUACACCCAAUUGCAACCUCAAAGAAUCGGAGGAAAUCCUCACCUCCAUCAUCCGAAUGCCGGAGCACAAAGUCCUGGUGUCAUGAAUCCUUCGACAAGUUGCAAGUACGCGGAGACAAAACCAGUUACCGUGGCAUCUCCGCAAGAUCUCAGCACCACGGCAACUCCAUCAAGGAGUACGCCGCCUCUAUCAGGAAAUCAAAAUUCUAGUAGUGGCAGCAGUGUAACUAUCACCCCUAAAAGUUCCAGUAUCACAUCUCCCCUGUCCGUCAGCACUUCUCCGCAAGGUAAACAGACAACAUCUUCGUCUGUCGCUUCGCAAAAUUUAUCCUCGCCGGCUUCGAGCACCAGUUCGACUUCAAGUAACGAAAAACCAGGAAAUAACAAUAGCAGCUCAAAAUCGUCAUCGUCACAAAAUCCUCCGCAAAUCUAUCCCUGGAUGAAGAGAGUCCACCUAGGUCAAAGUACGGUGAAUGCAAAUGGCGAAACAAAGAGGCAGAGGACAUCGUAUACGAGAUACCAAACAUUGGAAUUAGAAAAGGAAUUCCACUUCAACAGGUACCUGACGCGAAGGAGGAGGAUCGAGAUUGCCCAUGCACUGUGUCUGACAGAAAGGCAAAUAAAGAUCUGGUUCCAAAACAGGCGAAUGAAAUGGAAAAAGGAACACAAAAUGGCCAGUAUGAAUAUCGUUCCUUAUCACAUGUCCCCUUACGGACAUCCUUAUCAAUUUGAUUUGCAUCCUAGCCAGUUUGCGCACCUUGCUACUUGAGAAGUUUACAUGUGAUGUGUUUUAUUUCGUAGAUUUCCAUUUAGCGUCAUUGCAAGACGAAGGGUAUGCAUUCCACCAAGCGAUGGGUAUGGGCGGUAUGGGGCCCAUGCAAAGGGGUCUGUACGCGUGCGGCAGUCCCUACAGCUAGCCAUGGGCCUCCUACAACGGGGACUGCGGACCGUCCUAAAUGGACGUCCACCCAUCUUAUCGGAUCUUAAAAUGCAGUCCUCGGCUAGCGAUACCCUGACGAAUGCUAAUCGCUAAACCACAAACUUUUUACAGUGGAAUUCGCUAGUGUUCGACAUGAUGCAUCGCUAGUUAAUAAACCAGUGCCAAUCUCAUGACUCAAUACAUACCUCCGCUACCAAGUGAUAGGAUAUUAUUAUUUAUUAGUUAUACUAAUCGAAGGCGUUUGCUGCAAAAUUUCUGUCAUCUGAUUAUUCGGUACGUAAGUAGGUAAAUUAAUUUUCUGCGAAAAUCAUUGCCAAUUUCGCACAACACUUAUUACAAAUUAAUUAAAUUGUGGGUAAUCAAACCGUUACAAUUUUACUGGGAAUGAUUUUAUUCACAUGUUUAAACAAACGCUGCCGCCUCCGGUUAAAAAAUUUAUUGUUUUUGAAAUAAAAUAACAGUUCACAGUGCAAUAUACCCACAUGCAAUGGGUACAUAAAUUGCUGGUAGUUCAAAAUAUUAAAUCUUAUCAGAAACCCGUUGUGAAAAUUGAUUUAUUCAUGAAUUAAACAAUUCAAAUUUUAAGUAGGCUCAGUAAGUGUCGAAAUAUGCAGUUUUAGUGGCUGUGCACCCGAAACAUUAAAAAAAAAUUAUAAAUAAAAUGGACAAGUACAACACGAUUGUAAUGAAAACUUACAAAGCAGUGACAGUGUGAUUAUAAAUGCUAGUGUUACGAAAAUGUACAUAUAAUUAUAUUUAAUAUUGUUCAAUUUCCUGUUUGUAUAUAUUGCCAGUAUGUACGAAAUUUAUUGUCAUUAUUAUUGUACACAUACCCAGUGCAGAAUUUGAAGUAUAUUAAUUGGUUAAGUUCAGCACAAAUACAUACAUUCAUCAGUUAUUAUGUUAUCACAAGUGUAAGAAAUAAAUUCGAUAAUUAGAUCCGUUGUUAUUAGUAUUUAUCUUAUUACUAAGAAGACUAGAAACGACUAGAAACUAGAUAGGGACACGAGUCGUAACUUCUGCUUAUUGGACUAAUAGACGCAUUCGUUUCUUUUCUUAUUACAUUUUUCAAAAAUCGGUUAUGUAUAUGCGUUCUUGUCGCAAACCAACACAUCCUUUGAUUAUACGUGCAUAUCGUAAUAAUAUGACAACUGAUAAUAGAUUCGUUGGUUUCCUUGCUUUACUGCAACUUGUGCGUACGGAUUUUCCAAAAGUGUGUUGUGCGUGACAAGAAGACAUGCACACAAUUAAUUUUUGAAGUAUUAACGUUAAGUGAAAAUGACAAACGAAAAUACUUAAUACUGAAAUUGUCACCGUGAAGUGACUCCAGCAUUUUGUAUCCUUUAUUAUUCAUUACGAUUUUCAGAACUAUUCGAUUUGGGUUUUUUCUCGUACUUCUAGUCUUCUUGCUAGCAAGGUUUUCUUACAACACGAUGCAUCUAUCAGAAAACGGUAUCCUGUGUUUUUAAGGAAUAUUAUUAUUUAAUUUUUAGUCUGAUGAACAAUAACCGAAUGUUCUUAACAGUGAAAUUAGUUGCAUUAACUUUCAAACGUUAAUAGAAUUAUGAUUUGGGCUGAAGUCCCGUGGUCUAAAUGGUUAGGUCCAAACGCUUCGUGGCUAUCUUCAGCAGUACUUCCUUAUAACAUGGGCGAGUCAUUGCCGCAAAGAUAAAACCUUCAUCUACAGUUUUUAUGAAACGUCUGGACUUAACCACGGUCCUUCAGCCGGAAUGAUAACUAUCCAUGGAUUCCGAACGUGAAAGCGUUUGGUUUGAAAGAUUAAAAUGCAGACAAAUCUUAAAAUUUCUGGGAGAACUGAAUAAUGCGAUUCAAACCAUUUUCGAAUUAAAUUCCGGAACAAAAAGUAUUUCUUACACUUGCUGUGUGAAAAUUGAAAUCAUGUAGGUACCUACUUGUGUUAACGUAAAUUGUCACGCAACUCUGAAUUUUGUCACGCCGUACUAUUAAUUGAAAAGGUUGGUAUAAAAUUGUAUUAUAUGUAUAGGCUCUCGCAUUGUUUUCCCCUUUUUUUGUUUUUCUUUCUAUUAUUUAUAAUACGUUUCUCAUGUUCAGUAUGAGUGAAUUUAGGUUAGAAUAUGAAGUAUAUAAAUUUUACUGUUGUAAUUGUCCAAAUAAAUGUACUGUAUUACAGAAAGUCUGUUUCCCAUUUUUA